UGAAGGGGAAGUUUUGCAUUGUCAGCUGAAACUUUUCCACUGUGGCUACCGUAGUCUCCGACUAUGGAGUUCCGACAUAGCCAAUACGAGGAGACAGGGCCUCGCGGCUAUGGCGACUGCCCCUCGCGCGUACCGGGCCGAGCAUCAGUGUUGAUGAUGAUGGCGCUUGUGGUGACGAUUUGCGCCAUCGCGAUUGUGCUCCGUUACGGCGUAAAUGCGGCUUACGGCCGGGGGGCUGUGAGUAAUUGGCACCAGCAGGACAGUUGUCAAAGUGCUGGCAACCGGUCUGCCAACAGCGUGCGUCCUUCUUGGCAUGGAAGUAGGGUCUCCCACGCUCUGCAGAUUGAUUCGCUUUCGCUCGACGAGCAAACGACUUUCAACUCCAGGUUCCUCGAAGCUACCGAUGGCAUACUGCCGACCGUCCUGAAUGCUGACCUGAUAGUGAAAAGGACGAAGGUGCUCACGUUGACACCGAGUCCGGUGUUUCCCACUACGAACACGAGCUCGUUACUCGAGUGCCGCGACAUUCUGGAGAACCUUGUGCUUGCGCUCAAUGGUUCUGUCUUGUAUUACGUUCGCGACCAGCGGUGCUUCUUCAACAUGUCGCGCAUACCGUCACAUUGGCUGGUCUCCGUACGAAGAGCUGCGCGGAUGCCAGGAGCAGGAGGGUGGGGAGCUUUUCAGAACGACUCGCUUAUUAGUUACUGGUGGGUGUUUAACGAUCCGGAUGGAAUGGUACUCUCCUCGGCGACCGUGUUCAAACAGGACUCGGGGAUGGAGGCGAUGGCGUAUGUGAAUGGCAUGGACUUGUGGUAUCAAGGAACGACUUUGGUACUCGGAGUUCAGAAACUCGCCUCCAACGCCACGCUUGCGGACGAAAGGGCGAUGGUGACGUUGCUCUCCGCAGUGAAUGGCAGCAGGCGUUCGCUUCCGUUGCCCGGACUGGUCACUGCUGGUAUGGGGCUCGAUCCGACGAAGACCAACGCCUACCUUGUGGAUCUCUUGGAUCCACCGCGUGUGAUGUCUGCGGAGGCUGCCAGUCUGUUGCGCACUAGUGCCAGCACUGCAGAUGACGACUUGUUCAAGCCAGAAGCCACCUUCCCUCGCGUAACGGGGUUGAACCUGUCCAGGUUGAUGGUCCGUCCGCAAGGAUUUACCUCGGAUGGAAGCUGCCUGUACAUCGGUGAUCAGCGGGAGGGCAAUGUCUGGACCGUCGAUCUGCUUGCGAGGAACAUAACUCUCGCCGCUGACCCGAACCUAAUUGGUUUGGAGGAGAGAAACAGGGGCAAUUUGAGAGAGAUUGCAGUGACCAGGGACGGCUGCAAUGCUUUCGUCGCCGACAUUGGCGGUCAGUUGCGAUGGAUGCAGUUAAAAGCACAGUGCGGCGAAGCGCAAAGGGUGCAUAUAGUGGCGAGAUAUAGGGAAAGAGGUUUCUGGGGUUUGGCGAUCCAUGAAGACGACAAUCAGCUUCGCCUGUACGUUGGAACGAAUGACGGACGCCUAUUCGAGCUGGAGAUCAACAGGUCCGCCCUGCACACAUGCCUGCCACUCUCCCGACCGCCACCGCCUAAUCCUCCUCCUCCCACCAUCUCAUCGUCUUCUCAGCCGCCCGCCGCUGAUUCCCCGGGUUCCGCUCAGCAUGCCAAAAGGCACCGCAACCUAACCCUAGCUGUCUAUCUGCCCGUGGCCAUUGUGGCGGUCUCUGCCAUCUUGGCAGGCAUCAUGGUUGCUGUCUUCUACUACCAGAGGCGGGAAGGUCGAAAGCGGCAGGAAGGCGCGCUAGAACGGUGCGGACCUACCGCUCGCGAUUCAUCCACGUCCUCCCUCGUCGGAAGCGGCAGGGGAGCAUCAAUCGCGCAUGAGGGUACUAUGGAGGACUUGCUGCCGUUCAAUGUGACGGCGUACCCGCUGGAAACCUUGGCGUUCGUCACUGGUAAUUUCAGCGCCGAUUAUCGGAUAGGAGACAACGGUGCUUUUGGCGAUGUCUACUGGGGUGAUAUUGGGGGCAGGGAGGUGGCCGUCAAGGUGAUGAGGGGGGACAUCACGGCGGAGAAGCAGAAGCAAUUCGUGGCCGAAGUGACCACCUUGAGCAGGCUCCAUCACUCCAAUCUCAUCGACCUGAUAGGUUACUGCCAGGAAGGGAAUUCGUGUAUACUUGUAUACCCGUUCUUUCGGGGAGGAAGUCUGUGCGCGCGCUUGCACAACACAGAUGGCACUCGUGGCAGAGCAUCCCGUGCAGGUCCUGUUGGCCCUCCUCUUACGUUAGUGGAGCGCAUGUGUAUAGCCUUUCAGAUCGCCAAGGGUCUCCGCUAUCUCCACACGGAUGUGGAUCCCCCGAUCAUUCACAGGGAUAUCAAGAGCAGCAACGUUCUUCUGGAAGAUGGAUCGGGGGCGAACCUACGCGCUGUCGUCGCCGAUUUUGGACUGGCAAGGAUCUGUGAGAGCCUCUUCCAUACGCAAGCCGACGCUAUUGCAUGGACGAGCCACGUGGCGGGCACCCAAGGCUACAUGGCACCGGAGUACCUCGUCAGAGGGAAGCUGACCGUCAAGAACGACGUGUAUGCUUUUGGGGUUCUCCUGCUCGAGCUGCUGACAGGGAGGAAGGUGCUCACGCCGGCGCCGCCGCCAGAGAUAGGAUGGCGGACACUCGUGCAAUGGGUGACACCAUCGCUGGGACGUCAUCUGUAUGUUGACGACAUACCGAUCCAGAUUCUCGACACGUGUCUAAGGGAGCAGGUCAGGAACGAUGCUGCAAUGAAAAGAAUGGUGGCGGGUGCACUCUUGCUGGCGCGGGACUGCGUCGAGGAGGUGGACAGCUCGAGGCCAACGAUAAGCGCGGCCGCAGAGAGGAUGGGUAGUCUCCUAUCAGGGGCAAACGUAAGGGGCAGGGCAAAUAGGUAGAGUACUGGGCGAGGGAGGACAAAGUGCCGGAGGGCGAUGGAAACGACGGCAAAGUCCGGUGGUCUGCGCAAUUAUUGGGGUAAAGAAACACGUUGCGGGUUCUGCAAGCGAUUGGAUGACAGGAUAAGCAUAACGAAGGAAAACAACAAAAAGAACAAAAAGGACAAGAACAGCCAAAGAAACAGUUAAGCCAAACAAAAAUAAGACACGUGA